AAGAUGGCGACGAAGUAACGUUAAUGUACGCGAAACAUGAGAGGCUGCCAAUGAAGGAUUUUGCGGCUGAAGUUCGGGCAUCCAUGGAUGUCGACCAGUUCCUUAACCAGGCCGUGCUCCUCCUAGACGUACAGGAGACAUCAGUCGAAGGAAUUAUCGACAAAAUGCUCCAUAAGGUGCUAGACAGUCGAGAGUCUCUCAUAACCAUUGCCGAGGCUAAGGAGGCCAUAUUCACCGAAGACUCAGUGCAUUUACUCUCCCGUACCAUACAAGGAACAUAUGUAAGCGAAGGAGGGGGAUUCGAUUACGAUCAGUCUUGGCUGUGUGCCAUGUGCAACUUAGCCUCUCUGCAGAAGCGGCAUGUAGCAAUAGCCAGGCUGAAACAUCCGGCGAACAUGGGUCGAACACUGCACGAAGUGCGCUUUUUCAUCCUUGUUCUCACUCCCAGCAAAGAGAAAGGGACCAAGAAUGCCCUGGAGACUGGUCGAACGUUUGCGACCAUCUUCGCUGACAUGGAUUUUCGACAAAGAUUGCUAGAAGUCCAUAGCGAAGCAGAGUUCAAGAACGUCCUCCUCAAGCACGCCCAAGACUUGGCGGCAGAACAGAGCAACCCAUCCAAACGUCUCGGAACCCAUGAUGGGGACUUAGAUUUCGACGAGACGAGGUGCAGGCUUGCACAAGGUUUGUGGGAUGAUAUAAGAAGAAGGUCAUCACUUUACAUCAGUGACUUCGUAGAUGGUUUUGUGGGACAUAAGACAAUCCAUAAAACAAUAUCGACCAUAUUUUUCCUCUAUUUCGCCUGCAUCCUUCCGACCAUUGCUUUUGGCGCCCUAAAUGAUAACAACACGCAUGGGCAGAUCGAUGUUCGAAAGUCCAUCAUUGGUCAGACACUUGGUGGCCUUGUGUUCGCACUGCUUGGAGGUCAGCCACUUGUUAUUGUUAUGACGACAGCACCGUUAAGCCUCUAUACGAAAGUGAUCUUCAAUAUAUGUCAGGACUUCCAGUUAAACUUUCACGCCAUGUACGCAUGUGUGGGGUUAUGGAACACUUUCUUCCUUAUCAUUUUUUCCAUCUUUGACGUCAGUCGCAUUAUGAAAUGGUCAACCAGGUCAACAGAGGAAAUAUUCUCUUUGUUCAUUAGCAUAGCGUUUAUUGUGGAUGCAGGAAGAGAUAUGUAUAAAAAUUUUAAUCAUAAUUACUUCUCUGCCGCUUGCACGGAAGAUAGUAGUCCUACAGUGGAAUUUCCUUUCUGGCUCAGCAAUUCUAGCAUCAACGAAACCCAAGGGGAUGUUUCCAUGCCUGCCCCUUGUAAGCGGGAGAACAGCCUGCUUUUCCUGCUUCUCAUGUGUGGCACCGUUUGGCUCGCCGUAUCCCUGUAUAAUUUCAAUAAAACGCCAUACCUUCAGGCCAGCAAACGUGAGAUUCUGGCCGACUACGCCUUGCCUGUAGCAGUUAUCUCGAUGAGCUUCCUAGGAUCAUUUGUGUUCAGGGAUGUGGCGACGGAUCAGUUUCGUUAUAACGUUAGCGAUCCAUUAACUCGAGCCCCGGUCGAGGAGCUUCCAUGGACAGCGUCAAUAGCAGCGUUAGGCAUGGGUUUUGCCCUUUCGUUGCUAUUCUUCAUGGACCAGAAUAUUUCAGCUGCAAUGGUCAAUAAUCCUUGCAAUAAGCUGAAAAAAGGUCCAGCCUACCAUUUAGACCUGUUCGUAGUAGGAGUCGUGAAUGGUUUCUUGUCCCUGUACGGGCUGCCGUGGAUGCAUGGAGUCCUGCCACAUUCACCCCUCCAUGUUCGCAGCUUAGCAGACGUUGAAGAGCGAGUCGAACAGGGGCAUGUGUACGAAAUAAUAGUAAAGGUGAGAGAAACGCGUGUAACGGGUAUCAUCUCCCACAUCCUCAUCGGUUUAUCGAUCUUCUUGCUCCCCUACCCCAUGGCUUACAUUCCAACUGCCGUGCUUGAUGGACUUUUCUUGUAUAUGGCCAUCACAUCGCUCAAUGGGAAUCAAAUGUUUGAAAGGAUCACACUGCUCUUCAUGGAACAAACUGCCUACCCUCCGAAUCACUACAUACGACGAUGCCCGCAACGAAAGAUUCACAUCUUCACCAUGUGCCAAGUAUUUCAGUUGGCUAUUAUGUGCUUCUUUGGCUUCUCCCCAUGGUCUUACGUCAAGAUGGUCUUCCCCGUCAUCAUUUUUCUACUGCUUCCUUUCAGGCACAAGGUAGUUCCGUGCCUUGUCGAUGGAAAGUAUCUGGAGGCUUUGGAUGGCGAGCAUCAAUGAAGAGAAUAGCAUCAUAGCUCAGUGAAAGACAAGUCCCUUUACUUUAUUCGCUUCAUACAGGCUGAUCGUUUUAUGAAGAACUUAGCUGUCACGUCGGAUCCCUGGUCCUCAUGCACGAGUGCCUAAACCAUUUUCGUAAAAGUUGCUCUAACAAGAACAAUUACACCAGCGCGACACAUGGAAAAGAAAAAGAAUGCGAAAACGGAUUUUUAAUUUUUUUUCUCUAUGCGUGAACUUUUGGAGAAAGCAGCUUGUUUUUGCAAACGCAUUCAAAAACAAAAGGGGAGAAAAUGCUUUAAUUUCUAAGUACAUUAGCUAAAUUUUUAAACUUCCGCGGAUAUGUCGGUUUUCGCUUUUGUAAAAUUCACAUUUUGUGAAGUUCUAUCUUGAAGCAUCUGUAAAGAUUUGUCUCUUCGUCAAGAAAUUCAGCUGUGAAUAUCAAGGUUGUGGCUUCCAUGAAUUACCCAAAAAAGGAAUAUUCAAAGCUAAUGCAGUUAAUGAAACAUUCUGUUGAGGACCAGGUUGCUACGACCUCAAAAAGGCAACUAGAUUUUCUUUUCUUUCCUUCUUUCUUCACACAUCAUCGAACAGUGGUCAAGACCUCAGCCUACUGACAGAUUCCUCCUGGUUGUCUUAGUUGAAAUAAGGAAGUGGUAAAGAAGUAAUCCACUGUUAGUUAACCGUAAAUCAAGCACUAUAUCUGGUCUGGUAAUGCGAAAACAAUACAUAAUGAAAACCACACUAAUUAGGUUCCAAUCCGGUAAGAAGCUGAGAAAAGGCUUCAUAUAUACAUUCUUUUAAAUCCUCAUUAUGCUCUAUCAAAUCAAAAUCAGCGUUUGGUUCCACUCAAUGAUAAAAUCAUAGUUUAUAUUGUGUUUUGUUAUAUUUUACAGCUCAAAAAGGAGAAUAUUUGGCAAAUAUCUUCUAAAGCAAAUGUUGCUACAAUUAAAAAAUCAUAUAUUUCUGCUCCUAAAAGAUAAACUUAUUGGUUAAAUAGUCAAAUUCUUAUCAGUAUUCAUUGCUGGAUAAAAAUCAUGUGACUGCAAGUUGUUUCUUUAGUGAAUAUUAGAUUAGAAAAACCUCUGUUUAAGAAUUAUUUUCAAUUUGUGUAAAAAUUAAAUUUUUCUUUCGUAUGUUGUUAAGGAGUCAAAGAAAAAAAUGUGAAACAAAACUCAUAAGACUGAAAAAUUAAUUGAAAGUAGAAUAAUUAUUAGUAAACUCACUAGGCAGAAAGAAAUACUGAAUUUCAACUUUUGCGAAUUCAUUGAUAUAAUUUACAUGCAACUAGAAACAUGCCGUAAAUUUCCUAUUUCACUUUUUUUAAUGUUUAAAUAAUUAAAAAUCUAAGAGUCCCUACAUUGCAAUGUUAAAAAUAAAUAUUACAGUUCUGACUCCUACUUACUAAAAAUAUACACUCUUAAGAUCCUUUGCAUUCAUAAGAAAAUCCCCGACAUAAAUGAAACUACCAUUCAUGUAUUUAUUAUAAAAAUAAUGUUUAAAAUUUAUUAUUUUCUGCAAUACGCUUUUCAUUCAUGCAAGAUGAAAAUAAAAAGCUGAAAUGAACCGGCCAUAGAAUGAAUUCAAGUGCUUGAACUGUAAAGGACAGUGUAACAAAGAACAUACUCGUUAAAUGCAAAUUCUUUUCUUUCAUUGAAUGAUCCGUUUCUAUAGAUGUAUUUUUGUAAAAAUGGAAGCAGUGUUCGAUUUUAAGCUCUUUCUGUGAAAGAAUACUGCAAAAGGAAGAUUGUCUUUACUGUAGAAAAGACCUCCAUUGACAAAUCCUUUUUUUUAAGUGUAGAUAUUUGUCCUAGUAUUUUAACGAUGAUAAUUCUCAUAUAUUCGAGACGAUAACUGCUACGGGUGAGGUGUAAUCGGUCAAACCCUCACGUAUAAUAAAAGAAAAAAAAAGAAAAAAAAAACAAGUAACCGCAAGCACUUUUUAUAUGAAUCAGCCACGUAUUGGCAUAUGUUAUCUAUUGUAGUAGCAAUUUAGUCUGAUUUUUUUUUUCUUUUCUACAAGUCACUCAUAUCAGGAAAGCAAGAUGAGUAGCCGUCUCAAAAUUGAUACGUUUUGCCGUAUCUAGGAAGCACUUGAUCUCGACAGAUUACUAGUUUGAGAUGUUUUUCUUGAACCGUUUCUGUUUCCCAUUUCAACAUGAGUACUCUAUCAGCCAAUUACGAAAGGUCUGUGUUGUUAAAUGUCGAUCAAAUUGCCCGUUGUUGUUGUUGUUGUUGUUGUUUUUGAAAACUAGAUAAAUUUUCAUUAAUUAAUAUUCCAACUCAUAAGUAACUUGCAAAUCAACAGAUAUUUUUGUAAUAUCUUCAGUGCCAAUCUAGAACUAUUACUGAAUAUAUAUUAAAAAUAGAACAAUAUUCAGAACUCCUGGUUGGAAAAAUAGUUUUCUAGGGAUAGGUACUAAAUUCGAAUUCUGGAAUUUCUAUAUCAGUGUUUAAAAUCAGCUAGCAUUUUGUUUCACUUUUAGCUGACACUAAGCGUCUACAAAGAUAUAUAUAUAUAUGCACAUACAUGCAUACGUAAGCAUAUGUAUGUAUAUAUAUUUGCAUCCAAACAAAAUUAAGUAAAUUAAGCUUAUUACUUAGUAGAAUAGAGAAAUGUCGUCAGUAACACUAGUAAUAUUCAGAAAUUCUUCUGCAGUGCAUAUGCUGUGAAUAUAAUAUGUAUUUUGGAAGUAAGUUGAACAGUAGAUGCAAGAUUAAACUAUGUUGUCGCAGAAGGUGACUUGUUGUUUAUUUUGCUUCUCUUCUGUGCAUACGUGGAGUAUUAAUAAACUCAUGAGUGUUUAACACUUACGUAUUCACACGCAUUUAUGCAUACACGCAUGCAGACAUUCAUAUGUGUAUAUAUGUGCAUAUAUGUAUGUAUGUAUGUGUAUAUAUAUAUGCAUAUUUCUCUGUUCUUAGGUGUAUGUAUACAUGUGUGCACCUGUGCAUGCACAUUCAGUAUAUGUGGAUUUAUUUAGCUGAUAAUGUUUGAAGAAAUGUUGAAUGUAAAAUUCGUAAAAAACGCCGUUUUACUCGACAUCCAUGUGCUCUGCCACGCUUGGUGUUAUAAGUAAAGUGCUCAAAAUGAUAUGUUCGUAACAGCAAAGGUGGAGUGCAGGAGACCAAAACUCUUGCCGAAUGUUGAAAAGGGAAAAAUUAAUACUUAUUUUUAUAACAUACUCUUUGAACAAUAUAAAAAUAGUACUUUAUUUAGAAGUGGUGAUGAGAUACUUUUCAACGAGCCACUUGUCUGCGUUGUUUUAACAGAGUACAAAUUCGAAUUAUCACGGAAAGCAAACAGCCAAUUAAUUUGUACGCAGUUCUUCACGUAGAAGAGGAGACCUGAGUGUCGACUGCUGAGCACUCUCAAAGUAUAAGCACCGAUAGCCAUGUCAAAGGUUGUAUUUCAGACUUAUGCCAAAUCUCGUUGAUUCAAAACGACAUAUACCUGCCAAACAACUCAGACGCAAGGUUACUAAAAUCAAGCAACUUAUAAUCCCUGUUGACUAUAUUUGAAAUCUCUCCAACCAUAGGGAAAAAGAAAAAAAAACAUUUGCUGCAAAUACACAGCUAAUGAACAAUAAUUGGGAUGACAACUUCUUUCGGUAAGUUGUUGUACAAGUUUAUGUCUCUGCUAAAGUUUACACAACCAGUUCCGAGUUGAACUCUAUAGGAUCUGUGCUGUGAACUGUAUUCAUAAUUAUAAUCAUUUUGUAAUGAUGUUUGUGUGUAACAGUGUUCUGCAAAUAAACCUGUUGGCAGGCCCCGUUUGAUAUUCAGAUCAUUCAACAAAAUAAACCAGCUUUCCCUAACAAUGAAACCUGCAAAAACUUUAGCCAAAAGUGUUACUGUGUUCUAGUCUUGAAAAUGUGAAAUUUGCUUAACUGAAACUAGACAAGUUAAUUUUAAAUUUAAUCGCUCCUUAAAUUUUCUUUAAAAUUAAUUUCAAUUACUAAUAAAUUUAUGACGAAGCAUGCGUGGCUCGCUAACAGCUAGUUGGACAACACUGACAUUUAAUAAUGUGUGAUAUUUAGAGCAAUAUAUUUUUGUUAUAUUAUUUCAUUACAUUACUGGUCUUAGAAUGAAAGGCUCUUUUAUUCUUCCUGUAGCCUUUUAUGUUUCAAAGUUUGUAAUUUUGUUUUCUUACUGAUCCUGAUGUUCUGUGUCUAGAUAAAAAUUAAACUGAAAACUGGUAGCACUUAGAUGUGUACCUAAUUCUUCUUAAAUCCACUGAAUAUGGUUGUAGUUAGAAGUAACAGCUCAAAGAUACUGAAUCGAACUUUUUCAAAUUAACAUUAAGCACAUGGGAUAGAAAUUUAUUUUUUAUAAGUUUCUUGAUUUAGAUGCGUUGUUAAAUAACUGCUAAAAAGUUUAGGAAAUGUGUUGUGUUUAAAAGUAAUAUGUUUGUAAUUGUUGUAAUAUGUGAAAAAUGUUUAUAUGAAAAGAGAAUUUAGUAUAUACUCGCGUUUGUUGGUCGUAAGGUAUUCUUUAUUUCGUAUAAUUUCUAUAAUAACGCAUCAUAUUAAAGCUUCAAUUAAAGCCAGUUUCACUCUUUG